AGGUCUCCUCCCCUUCUGUGAACUAACCACCUACAACAAGUUUGACAGCUCAGCCUUUUAGUACCGAGCAGCAGUGGUAACGACAGAAAAAUUGCACUUUUCUCCCACUGAAGACGGGUUUUGUCUUAUUUUUGUCGCCAUGUGUGCGUCCGGCGUUUCCUGUGGGCUAUGAGGGAUUUUAUACAUCCGUAGGUUUUGGUCACUUCUCCUCCUGGGAUUCCUUCUUUCCUUUUUUGGCUCGCGUUGGUGUAGCGUCUGAGAAAUAAAUUCGAGGAAAACCUCUGUUUUUUUUUUUUCAUCUAUCCGGGCGUCGAGAGGAGGAUAAAGAUGUCGAACAAGGUGGAUGAGGCGAACAAGCUCGCCGAAAGUACAUACAAGAAUGUGAUGGAACAGUUCAACCCAGGCCUUAGGAACCUGGUGAACCUGGGAAAGAGCUAUGAGAAGUCUGUUAAUGCUAUGUCCAUGGCAGGAAAGAUGUAUUUUGAUGCACUGUCUAAGAUUGGAGAGAACGCUGCUGGAUCUCCUGUCUCCAAAGAUUUGGGUGCAGUGCUGGUAGAAAUCUCCGAGGUGCACAGGAAGGCUCAACUUGAGAUGGAGGAAAAUUUUAAGAGGUUCCACAGGGAGAUAAUAGCAGAACUGGAGAGGAAGACUGACAUGGAUGUCAAAUACAUGACAGCCACAUUCAAGAGGUACCAGAUGGAGCACAAGAUGAAGCAGGAUUCUCUGGAGAAGUCCCAGGCGGACCUGAAAAAGCUGAGGAGGAAGAGCCAAGGCAAGAAUGCCAACAAAUACGAAAGCAAGGAAAGCGAGAUCCUGGAAGCCCUGACAGUUCGACAGACGGAGAUGCAGUUGUUCCUCGCAGAUGGCUGCAAGGAGGCUCUGCUGGAGGAGAAGAGACGCUUCUGUUUUCUUGUUGACAAACACUGCUUGCUAACCUAUCAUUUUGCUUCCUAUCAUGAGAAGACCAGAGACUUGCUGUCAACAAAGCUGAGCAGCUGGCAGGACCAGUGCAACGAUGCCACCAACAUGCCGGACGGCGUCUUAUCCAUGAUUGAUGAACUGCGCAAGCCAGUCGCCAUUGCACCGAUGCCUUCUCCCACCCCGUCGAGACACAGCAUGAGUGCGCCUGUUCCCCCGGUUCCUCCUCUGAAGGCUCAAACCAGCCCUCUGGCUAAUAUGUUCAACCACCAGGACAGCAACACAAACAGUGUGACUGCUUAUACUCCCACCAAAAACAGCAUAGACCAUGAAAACGGCGACGAGAACAACCUUGCCAGGUCUGUGUCCGUCGCCACGGGUCUCAACAGCAUGGCGAGGAGGCCUCGGGUGCGCACCAUCUUCCCCCACGCUGCUGGCAACAACAGCACGCUGCUCAGCUUUGAUGAGGGAGACAUCAUUAUCCUGCUCAUCCCUGACGAGAGAGACGGUUGGAUGUACGGCGAAAUGGAAAAGAAUGGAAAGAGGGGCUGGUUCCCUUCAUCUUACUGCCGCGCUGUCAAUGAGCAGCUCGUGAAUAACAACAGUGAGACCACUGCCCAUCACCGCAGCAGGAGCGUGGUCAACCUCCACCACCAAGACACAGAGACGGACGAGGCCACCAUGGUGCUUCCCCCGACGGACUACUGCAACAUCAGGAGCAAACCCCUGUCCACCGUCGGCGUCGCUACAAAUAACCACCAGCACUCCCCCACGCCCUCGGCAGCGUCCUCCACCUCCUCUGAUCAGAACGCGCAUCGUGGCUACAGUACCCUCAGCUGCACAGCCUUAUCUUGACUGGUGAUGAAGGUACCUGUAUGUGUGUGUAGGUGGUGUCAGAUGAGCUUUAUGUGUCUGUCCAGGGAACACGAACAGAUAUACUCAGUGUAGCAUGGCGACACACAGUCCAGUAUUAGGAUUCAGUAAGUCAUAAACUGUUCAAAUAUUUUUCAACUUGCACAGGGUGCAUAUUUAUUGUUUUAUUUCUGAGAUUUUGUUUUUAUUCUCACCUUAUCUGUGUGUGAUAACUGUUUCUUACUGCAGGUGUUAAAGGAAUUUUGUCAUACUUCAGGAAGUUGGCACCUUCACUUUACAGUGAGCAAUUUAAAAAUGAAAAAAUCCCCACCUCCCUCAAGUUGCAUUACUACAAUUAUUCAUGUUAGAAUCAGUUUUUUUUUUUUUUUUUUUUUUUUUAAGGAAAAUUACAAGGAAGAAGAACCAAGAAGAUCUGAUGUCAGUUACUGUAAUCAUCUGUCUGCAUGUAGAUUAGCCUGUUCUGGUAAAAAAAAAGAAGCAAAAAGGGGAAAGAAACAGUGCCGUUGCAAUAAUGCACCUGGAAUUGUUCAUUUUGUCACUUUACAACCACAAAUUAAAAUGUUUUUUUAUGGGGGGGAUUUUAUGUAAUAGACCAGCACAAAAUUGAUUUUUUUUUGUGAAAUGGAACAAAAGGUAAAAAUCAAUAUUUUAUAUAUGAUGAUAAAAGAAAACCACUCUUUCAACAUUAGUGCUUUGGUGUGACGAUGACAUCCUCGGGUUGUUGGUUUACCAUCUCAUGUAGGCCAAAAAGGUUUGGUGUCAUGAGCUUCUUUCCCCUCCACACUGCAAACUGGACUUUAUUUCAGCAAUACCUUUCUUCUUGCCAUUCUUCCGUAAGGGCUGGAUUUGAAGAGUGCAUGUCAGAGUGGUCCUCUUGACUGAUUCUCGGAUCUUUGCAGCUCCUCCAGCUUCUCUUUAUGCUGCUCUGCUUGCCAUAAUUUAGGUUCCCAUAUUACGAAAUCUGCAGAACUGAUGUGUCUGAUUUGGUUCCUUGUUCCUAAACAUGGUGUUUGUUCACUGGACAACCAUCACCAAACAGCUGGGUCCGUUGUUAGAUUAAAUUACACACAGGCGGACUUUGUGUAUGGACAAGAGAAGGAUAAUUAAGGCUAUUUAUCCUUUGGAUAGUUUACUUAUCAAUUGUGAGCGAGUAGCAAAAGAAAAAUACAUUUUGGCCCUUUUUUGUUUUGGUUACCAAGAACAGAAAACACUGGACCACCAUGAUGCAUCUUGUUCAGUUUCAGUCCAUUUCCUGUUAAUUCCUGUUAUUUUAACAGUAUUUUUCCCAGAAAAUGAUUUUCAAAAUACCAUUUGAAACAUCGUAGUGACUAGUCCAGAUCCAUUUAAAAAAAAAUAAAUAAUAAAAAACAUCAGAUCAAUGGCUCUUUGACAGCCGUUUCCAGUUCCAACACAUUCACUUCUUUCCAAAUGAACUUUCAUUUGCAUCGUAUGCAAAGUCGCAGGCAAAGCUGUGGUUCUCCGUCUGCCAAAGCUUUUUAAUUUUUCUGAGCUGGACGGAUGUAAAUGUGUGUGCAGUACGACGGGGUCAAAUGAGUCUUUAUGAUCACUUACAAACCAUGUAAACAUAUAGCUUACUGCCUGCUGCAGCAGCAUGCUGCCGGUUAAGUGUUUCACAUAUUUCGCAACACUUUCAGAUUUACAUUCAGUGUACAUCAUUCCAUAGUAUGAAAAGAACCUUUUUCUCAUUUGGCUUUGAUUAUCUUAUCCAGUGUUAUCAACAGACUUACUGUGCAGGGCACAAAUGUUUUUGUGGCCCACAAAUUUCUGUCACUGGCUGGAAGUUAUUUUGGAAUUUCACUCCGAUGAACCUGAUGCCUUUCUCCCAUCUCUUCCGCUCAUUCCUCUUUCAGUUUUUCUCACAGCCAUUUCAACAUCUGACUCGCUUGUUCAUCCAUCUUCAUAACCCUUCAUAACCCUAACCCUUUUUCAGUUUCAAACCUCUGCCGCAGCACACAGAGAGCCUGAUUACUGAACAGACUGGUGUGGGAAAAGAUCUCCAACUGUAGAUUAGAUUAUAAAACGCUGGUUUAUGUUCAGCGAAGUGUCCAAGUGGGUGGCUGUUAUGUUGGUAGAAAACUUGUAGCUGCAGCGAUCUUGAAUUUUCCUCACUUUUAUAAGGUAUUGUUGUUUUCCAACAAUUACCAAUGUGUACAUUUUUUGUCACCUGUAAGUGUAAAGUGUUGUUUUUCUUGCUAGCUGAUAAACCCUGAGAUAUAUAUAUAUGUAUAUAUAUAUUUUUUGUCACAUUCUUUCAUCCGCUUUGAGACAAAAACUGAUCCCAAUCUGUAUGAGUCUGAUGCAGGUUGGUCCAGAUCAGGUGUGAAGAGAGAGAUGUCACAGUGGGGGAGGGGGAGAGGUGAGGUUACCCUGGAAUGCUCUUUCACCAUGACAAAAAAUGCAACCUCACUGGGUUUCGUUUGUUUUUGUUUUUUU